CAGAGGUAUAUGAGGAAGCAAAAUCAGCUACAGACAACAACAGAUCUAUACAUCAUCAUAUUCCAUUCCCGGAAACCUGCACAAAAAGCUGAAGUUCCAACGCUCCCCAGCUUCAAGACAAUCUAACAAGACUAAUGAGAGAGAUGACUGUGUCCAUUUUCCUGCUGUGUCUCGCUGCUAUAGUGCAACAAUCAGCCAGAUAUACAGAGGCAACAGAAUUCGCUGCCAGAUCCUCCAUUAGUCCAGCUCAACAAAAUGAGAUUGUUGGUAAGCACAAUGCUUUACGGAGAAGCGUAACGCCAACUGCCAGGAACAUGCUAAGAAUGGAAUGGAAUCCAAAAGCUGCGGAGAAUUCCAAAUGGUGGGGAAAAAAGUGUACUUUCAGACACAGCCCAAAAGAGAGCCGAACUGUCAAUGGAAUACAAUGUGGUGAAAACCUCUACAUGUCAACUGCAGCUACUUCAUGGUCUAAAGUCAUUGAGAGCUGGUACAAUGAAUCAAAACAUUUCAAGUAUGGUGUUGGAGCCACUGCUCCAAAAGCCGUAAUAGGCCAUUACACUCAGGUGGUCUGGUAUAAGUCUUAUCUAAUAGGCUGUUACGCUGCCUCGUGUCCUACAGCCAUCUUCAAGCACUAUUACGUUUGCCAGUACUGCCCUGCAGGGAACGUAGGUUCACUUAAUACUCCAUACACAUCAGGACCACCAUGCGGGGACUGCCCUUCAGCUUGUGACAAAGGACUAUGCACCAAUCCUUGCAAGCAUAUGGAUCAGUACGGCAACUGUAAUGACUUAGCAAAGAUGUCUGGGUGUAAGGAUGCAAAAAUCAUGAAAUAUUGCCCUGCUUCUUGCCUGUGCACCACUGAAAUAAAAUGACAGAGCCUGCUCCAUGACAGUUCUGCUCUUCAAUGAAGAACUCUGAAUUCUCAAAAAAUUCAUCCCUUGCUUUAACGUUAUCCUCAUGAUCCACGUCCAUAGGUUCAAAUGAAAGUUGUAAGCAUGUUUCCAGAACUGAAAAACUGAUCAAUUCCUUUCUAUGUGUAUAUCUUCUUUCAUCUAAUGUGGCAUU